AGGAGAGAGAAGCGAAAAGGGGGCACGGCUACACAGCACGCUUUGAUCUCUACAUUUCCAUUCCAUUGCUAGCGAGACAACGUGCAGCCACGCCGAUCUUCAGCUCGCUCUCGACAUCGACACAUAUUAUCUUGAGAAAUCUCUUUGAGAAUUAAAGAUGUACAGACUACCAGCCUUGUUGAGAGGAACUGCUCUACGCCAGUUACAGACGCGUACUUAUGCCAAAGAUGUUCGUUUUGGAUCGGAUGUUCGUGCCUUGAUGUUACAGGGUGUAGACAUCUUGGCAGAUGCCGUGGCUGUGACAAUGGGCCCUAAAGGACGUAACGUUAUUCUGGAACAAAGCUGGGGCAGUCCAAAGAUUACAAAGGACGGUGUAACUGUGGCAAAAGGCAUUGAGCUAAAGGAUAAGUUUCAAAAUAUUGGAGCCAAAUUAGUACAAGAUGUAGCAAAUAAUACAAAUGAGGAAGCUGGUGAUGGUACAACAACAGCAACUGUAUUAGCUAGAGCAAUAGCCAAAGAAGGAUUUGAGAAAAUUAGUAAAGGUGCAAAUCCUGUAGAAAUUAGACGAGGUGUAAUGCUAGCAGUAGAUAGAGUCACCGAUGAGCUUAAAACUUUAAGCAAGCCUGUUACAACACCGGAAGAAAUUGCUCAAGUAGCAACAAUAUCCGCUAACGGUGACAAAGCCAUUGGCAACUUGAUUUCCGACGCCAUGAAAAAAGUCGGAAAAGAAGGUGUGAUCACUGUGAAAGAUGGCAAAACACUGACUGACGAACUAGAAGUCAUUGAGGGAAUGAAAUUGGACAGAGGCUACAUCUCUCCAUACUUCAUCAAUUCCAGCAAAGGAGCCAAGGUCGAAUUCCAAGAUGCUCUCCUUCUUUUUAGCGAGAAAAAGAUUUCCUCUGUACAAAGCAUUAUUCCUGCCUUGGAAUUGGCCAAUGCACAACGCAAACCUCUCGUUAUAAUCGCCGAAGAUGUGGAUGGUGAAGCUUUAUCGACGCUUGUUGUCAAUCGUCUGAAGAUUGGAUUGCAAGUGGCUGCAGUUAAAGCUCCCGGCUUUGGUGACAAUAGGAAAGCCACUCUUCAAGACAUGGCGAUAUCCACUGGCGGCAUUGUGUUUGGCGAUGAUGCCAAUCUCGUCAAAUUGGAAGACGUUCAGGCAAGUGACUUGGGUCAGGUGGGAGAAGUCAUUAUCACGAAAGAUGACACUCUGAUUUUAAAAGGCAAAGGAAAAAAGAUAGAUAUCGACAGAAGAGCCGAUCAGAUUAGGGAUCAAAUCGAAAACACUACGUCUGACUAUGAGAAAGAAAAGCUGCAAGAGCGUCUGGCGAGAUUAGCGUCCGGAGUCGCUGUUCUGAGAGUUGGUGGCAGCAGCGAAGUGGAAGUCAAUGAAAAGAAGGACCGUGUGCACGACGCACUCAAUGCCACUCGUGCUGCCGUCGAAGAAGGAAUCGUUCCUGGAGGUGGGACUGCUCUGUUGAGGUGCAUACCAGUGUUGCGACAGCUCAAAGCAACGAAUGGCGAUCAGGAAACCGGAAUCAAGAUUGUGGCAAACGCUUUACGUAUGCCGUGUCUGCAGAUUGCACAGAAUGCCGGUGUCGACGCUAGUCUGGUGGUGGCUAAAGUGAGCGAGAGCAAGCUCGGUUAUGAUGCUUUGAACGAUGAAUAUGUUGAUAUGAUUGAGAAGGGCAUCAUCGACCCCACGAAGGUCGUACGUACGGCGCUCACCGAUGCGGCGGGCGUCGCAUCGUUGUUGACGACGGCGGAAGCGGUCGUCACAGAGUUGCCUAAGGAAGAACCCCAAUCGCCAAUGGGUGGUAUGGGCGGUAUGGGAGGAAUGGGUGGCAUGGGCGGCAUGGGCAUGUAAAAAGAAAAACAAAGACUGAAAGAAAGAUAGCCCAUAUUGUGGUGGUUAUUAACAAUGUUCUUCUUAAUUAUAUACUAUUUGUUGGAAAGUAUUGCUUCAUGCAUGUUUCGUAAAAGAGCAGUACAAAAGUACAUAAUAUUUAAUAUGUAUUUAAUAUAUAAUGAAUUUAUAUGUAUAUAUUUCACCAUACUAUAUACGGCAAGUCUUUUUUUCAUUUUCAAAUAUUUCAGUGAACAGAUGUGCACUGGGAGAAGUGUGUGAUAUUUGGAACUAUAAUUGCAUAAGACUAUAAUUAUAGUCGGAAUACUUAUUUUUAUAGGAAUUGUUACUACAAUGUUAGCAAUAAUAACCUUAUGUGUAUAAUACUGCCGAUUAUAUAACUUACCAUGGUUACUGCAAUUAUUCUUUUCUCUCGAUAUGAGAACAGCAAAUUAAUCAUAUGUGCUGUCAUUUCGUUCAAAUGGAAUUACAUAUUAUGUAGAAUCGAUAAUUGUAAUACUAUAUAUUAUAUAAGUAAAAUUUAUUUUGAACUAUUUUUAAACAAUUGACACUUGUGUGUGCUAAUCAAAAGUUGUGUUUACAUCUAAGAUUUUCAAGAUCGUUUAUUGCUCUUAUGCGAACUAUGUACAAAAAACACUUUCAAAUGAAUGAUAUACAAUUAAGAAAGUGUAUAUGUAUAAGUUAUUCUAGAAAAUACAACUGUUUCAUAAAGCCAGAAA